AUGGAGUUCCCAAAUCAAGCACCUGAGAGCUCUUCCCAAAGAAAAAUUGGAAGAGGCAAGAUUGAGAUUAAGCGGAUUGAAAACACUACAAAUCGACAAGUCACCUUCUGCAAGCGCCGCAACGGCUUGCUUAAGAAAGCCUAUGAGUUAUCUGUUCUAUGUGAUGCUGAAGUUGCUCUUAUUGUCUUCUCUACCCGUGGCCGCCUGUAUGAGUAUGCUAACAACAGCGUUAGAGCAACGAUUGAUAGGUACAAAAAAGCAUGUACUGAUUCUACGAAUGGUGGAUCUGUUUCUGAAGCUAACACUCAGUUUUAUCAGCAGGAAUCAUCUAAAUUACGAAGACAGAUUCGCGAAAUCCAGAACUCAAACAGGCAUAUACUGGGUGAAGCUCUUAGCACUUUGAACAUCAAGGAACUCAAGAACCUAGAAGGAAGACUGGAGAAAGGGAUCAGCAGAAUAAGAUCCAAAAAGAAUGAAAUGCUGUUUUCUGAAAUCGAAUUUAUGCAAAAGAGGGAGAUCGAGCUGCAAAACCAUAACAAUUAUCUGAGAGCAAAGAUAGCUGAAAAUGAGAGGGCACAACAGCAGCAAACAAAUAUGAUUCAAGGAACUUCUUAUGAUCAGUCAAUGCCUUCACAGUCAUACGACAGGAACUUCCUCCCUGUAAUCUUGGAGGCCAAUAAUAAUAAUAAUAACCAUUACUCUCGCCAUGACCAGACAGCUCUCCAACUUGUUUGA